UCCGAGCGAGGUGCGUCUGGUUGCAGUCGGUAUCCUGCUGCUCUCCUCUCCUCGUGCCACAGCAAGCGAGAGACAUGAUGCGGGAAACGAUACUGCUUCUAUUGUGCGUGCUGGUGAGCGUGGCCGGGUUCGUCCCUGCGCCUUCUAUCUGCCGGAAUGCGCGCUCGGCUGUGGGCACACCAGCAAGGACAUCAACGUCAUCGUUGUCGAUGGGCUUCGACUUCAAGGGGACGCUGGAGAAGAUGUCGGACCCCCGCUACGCGCGGGUGAGGCACAUCUUGGUCGAGGAGAAGGGAGAGGAGGGUCGCUCCAAGCUCGAGGAGGCCAAGGAAGAGAUCGCGGGAGACCUCGACAAGUUCUCCGAAGUGGCGGAGAAGAUGAGCACGUGUACCAGUGCGCCCAGGGGGGGUAGACUGAAGCUGCUGGCUCGUGGGGAGACGGUUCCCGAAUUUGACGACAUCGCGUUCAACGGGGAGCUCGGAGUGGUCCACGGCCCGGUAGAGACGCAGUUCGGGACCCACCUUAUCUACGUGGAGAGCUGCAACAAGCCGCAGAACACGUGGAAGAUGCUCUUCGACGACAUCGUCGACAAGGUCUCGGGGAAGGAGGAGGAGGGGGAUAAGAAGUAAAUUGGAUCUGCGCAAGGAACAAACAUUAGAACACGCAAGUGUGACUGACUGCCCAUGGUCGCGAUAGGAGCCACGCAGCUCCAGUGGCUGAGAGGGGAGCGCGCCGUUGUUGUGGAGGAGCGGAGAGAGACAGAGAGAGCAAUCCUCGCAAGGAGCUCGUUUUUAGUCCUUUCUCCCAGCUGUGAAAUAGCACCCACCGUCGCUGGUUGUAGAUUUCGGUGAUGUUUUUCAAAACCAACAGAGUGAAAUGGUGUCGAAAUUAGUGCAUUUCUGGGGACACCGUCGCACAAUUCCCAACAGUUUAGUCAUCUCGAGUUUUCUUGAUUUUAAUAUAUACCUGGUACGGUUUAGUGAUAUCGUGAGGUUUCAUUUCAUUA